ACCGAGAAGCUCGUUUUAUUUUAACCAAACAGAAACACCAGCGAACAAACUAGCGUUAGCAUGACUAGCUAGUUAGCAACACGGCUACAUCGUUACAGAAACGAGUGGAGAGCAGGUUAAUGUUUCGCAUGUGUCCGGAUACUCUGUGAAUACUAAGUUGGAAACGUAAACACAGUUCAUGUUUACCGUUAACCCGGUUCGACAUGGACGAGUCCGACACCGCAGCCAUCCUUCCCGGCGAUGUCCUGAGCGCCACGUCGGCGGACGACCAAAUGUCGAACUCAGUGGGCCACAAAGACGAGGCAGACGUACGGACCACCGGCCCCCGACGACCACCGCUUACAUGCCCGCUGCCGGUUUCAGUGGAGCCAGUGUUGUUCCUCUCCAUGUUUUCUCUGGCCCUGCAGGCGCCUCUGUCCACUCAGUAUCUGUGGGACCGCAUCAGCGAGGACCUCGGCUACAACGGUUCCAAGAGGUCGGAGUGCAGCAACGGGUCCGUUCCCCCCGACCCUCUUCAGAAGGAGGUGGAAACCUUAACGGCCCACUGGAACCUGUACAUCAGCCUGGGCGGCUUUUCUGUAGGCCUGUUGGUGGUGCCUUUCCUGGGCUCGUGGAGUGACCUCGCAGGUCGCAGGCCGGUCCUCAUCCUCCCCAACCUCGGCCUCGCGCUGCAGGCAGUGGUUUACUUAGUGGUGAUGUACCUGAAGCUGCCUGUGGCCUACUUUCUGGUGGGCAGACUGCUUAGUGGCCUUUCGGGUGAUUUCAAUGCCAUCCUGGCAGGCUGCUUUGCAUACGUGGCUGAUAUCAGCGACAGAAGGUCCCGCACCUUCAGGGUGGCAGUGCUGGAGGCCUGUCUGGGUCUUUCAGGGAUGAUGGCCAGCAUUAUCGGUGGGCAGUGGAGGCGGGCACAAGGGUACAUCAACCCAUUCUGGCUGGUCCUGGCCACCAGCUUGGCUUCAGCUCUGUACGCUUACCUGUUUGUCCGUGAGUCUGUCCUGCCAGACCCAGGUGUGAAGCUCCUCACCAUUCGCCACCACAAGGCCGUCUGGCAACUCUACUCAACAGGGGGCAGUAGCAGUGAGAGUGGUGGAAGAUUUCACAGAUGCAAGCUGUGGCUUUACACACUGUGCUUCUUUCUGGUGGUGGCUGUGCACUUUGGCAGCAGGGAGCUGUACGUGUUGUAUGAACUAAGCUCGCCGCUGUGCUGGGGGCCGGCCCUCAUUGGCUAUGGAUCAGCAGCUCAGCAUCUGGCCUACCUGAGCAGUCUGCUGGGCCUGAAGAUCAUGCAGCGCUGCCUGGAGGACUCCUGGGUGGCUCUCGUGGGUCUGGCCUCCAAUAUUAUCGGGCUGGUGGUCUUCUCUGUAGCUGACACCACCCAACUCAUGUUCACAGGUUAUGGUCUGUGUUUCCUCUUCAUGGCUUCGACACCUGUGCUCAGGUCGAAGCUGUCGAAGCUAGUGGACCCAUCAGAGCAAGGUGCCCUGUUUGCCUCUGUUGCCUGUGUGGAGAGCUUAUGCUUUCUGGUGGGAAGUGGUGUCUUCAACUCUCUCUACCCAGCCACCCUGCACUUCAUGAAGGGCUUCUCCUUCCUUUUUGCUGCUAUCAUCCUCAUCAUCCCCGCUGGAAUAAUUGGGACCCUGCAAUGUGUAGAACAGAGGAGAGACCACAGAGACUCCACACCAUCCUGACCUGAGGAAAUGCAGAGGGCAGGGACCCGUCCCAGAGUUAAAGUUCAUCCUGGUGUUAGUGUGUGAGGUGAACAGCUCUCACACAGAGACAUCCAUCGUGUUCAUCCGUGAUCCUGGGAGCGACUUUUGUUUGGGAGCUCAGCGAAGGGAUUCUUCAAAUCUAGUCACACCAAAGCGAUCAAGACCAAAGGGUGAAGAAUCAGCCUCCUUACUGAUGUCUCUGAAAAACCUCUUUCAUCCUCGUAAUUAGAUACUAGACACUGGGGUUUUGUCAAAUGUUUGCAGGUCCUGAAAACUCACAUAUAAUGAACAAGACUUUGUACAUGCUUUUAUUUAGUGAUUUGAUACAGCUUCAGUGCAGCGUAAUGAGAAGGUGCCUUACAUUUCCGGUUUUAAUUAAUUCACUUCAAUAGCACACAAGUCCUCAGUUGUUCAAGAACAUAACAAGUGCAGCGCAAUGUGUUUUCAGAGAUUCAUUUAUUCAUAGCAGCAUUUCAAGUCACCUGACACAGUUGUGGUUCCUAAAUUCAGAAAGUGAGACAUCCGUGACACGCUUCUUGUUCCUUCCUGAACAGAUCACCACUGAUCACCACAUUGAUCCUUGCUUACCAACACUAGUUACGUAUUGAUAACAUUAUAAUGUUGUUGGUCUGAACUUAGUUGAGUUUGUUAGGUGUCAUAGUUUGUAUGUAACUCUCUAACUCCCAGAAAGGAAACUAAUAAGUGGGUUUUUCAAAGUGGAUGUCAAACUUUUGUACUUUUACUUUAGUAACAUUUUGAUUUCAGGACUUUGACUUGAAACAGAUUAUUUCUACACGGUGGUAUUGGUACUUUUGCUCAAGUAAAAGAUCUGAGCACUGUGCAGUAUCUGCCUGCAAAUUUCAGUGAAGAGUCGGCUGCGUUAAAGGGUUAUCCCAAACCUGAAGUGGCCCGUAAAAUUCCUCCAACAGUCAGUACCCUGUAAGCAGAUCGAUCAUCUGCGUCCAAACCCAGCUCUCAGUGAUCCACAGCAGACAGAGCUAAACUGUAGCAGCAACCAAGGAUUACUGAGUUACACCUUGACCCUCGUCCCUCCCUCCCUCCUUUUUCCAUAAAGCAGAUAGCACAGUCCAAAGUCCCCAAAGAGUCCCACUCCAAUCCACCACUACCACCGCAAGCAACACUGGAUAGUCCCAGAGCACAGGCCCAAAGCCAGCAUGCACACAUGGGUCAUGUCCUUGUUGCACAUACAGGGAACAAGAGCUGCUCAGUCAGCUUUUAAAAUGCUCAAAGGGAAGUUACGAGGUUAAGUGAAGCACAGUAUUAACUGAACUACUGUGAAUUGAUCUACAUGAAGAUUAUUUUUGACACCGGGCAGCAGUUUGGUCGGAUCAUGUGGUUGCAGCCAUUUUUCAGAUGAACUGUGUGACCUGAUCAAUAAAACUGUUCAUUCUUUAUCACAAUAACUUCUGUGAUAUUAAUAAGUUCCAGUCACUUUAUACUGGAUUAGAACUGAACCCUUUUGGAUAGUUUGUGAUAAAGAUCAAUACAUUUUUAUCUGUUUAUAUGUCACGUGUAAUCAAGUGAACCUCAAAUAAAGGAUUUCACUGUUAACUUUUAUUACAACACAUUUUAUUUUUUUAUCAUAAUUCAAAUAAAAAACUUAAUUCUGUUUGUUUCACUCUGAGAUAAUAAAAAAAGACAUGAUAAA